AUGCCCGCCCUCCUCGAAGACCCCCAAAACCAUAUUCCCCCACCCCCCUCAGCCCAAAAACAAGCCCCCCUCCUAACACCCCGCCAAACAACCCUCCCCAAAGCCUCCAACGCCCCCGUAACCCUCUACCCCGUCACAAACGGCCCCGAAUCCCUCCCCGCCGAUCUAAUAAAGUACCUCUACGCCGAAUUCUCAGCGGAGAUCGAGCGCGGGGCGACGUAUCCGAUGGAAGAGCCCUUGGAGUUGGAGAAAUUUGCGGGGUAUUGGUUUGGGACGUUUGCUGUUGUUGCGGUGUUGGGUGAGGAUAAGGAGGGAAGUGGGUUGAGGGAGGGGAGGGAUUGGGAGAGGGAGUGUUUGGGGACGUUUUAUGUUAAGCCGAAUUAUCCUGGACGUUGUUCGCAUGUGUGUAACGCGGGAUUCCUGACGACCAACGCAGCUAGGAAUAAGGGUGUUGGGAUUGUCAUGGGCGAAACAUACCUAGAGUAUGCGCCGAAAUUGGGCUACAAAUACUCCGUCUUCAACCUGGUCUUCGAAAAUAACACGGCCUCUAUCAAGAUCUGGGAGAAACUUGGCUUCAAGAUCAUCGGCCGAGUUCCCGGUUGUGCAAGACUCGCUAAUAGCGAGGAACUGGUUGAUGCGUUGAUUAUUGGGCGGGAGCUGGUUUAG